AUGCAAGACGAGCAGCCUGUCCGACUGAGCCUUGACCAGGUGGAAACUUUGAUUCUGUCCCUCUACCAGGCAAACCCGCCAGAGGUUAUUUCCAAGGCUCAGGCUACGCUGGCCUGGUUUCAGGGCUCGCCGCAGGCAUGGCCCAUGAUCCACCAGCUUCUGGAGCGGCCCGAUGACAAGGUUAAGUUCUUCGGCGCCCUCACCGUCAUCAUCAAGCUGAAUAAGGAGAGCUCCUCUUUGAGCGAUGGCGACGCCACGGAGCUUCUUGUGCGGCUCGUGGAAUGGUAUUCGCAUUCCCUUGCCCGCGGACGUUCCGGCUCUCUUGUAUCAAGAAAGCUCUCGUCUGCCAUUGCCACCUUCUUUCUCCACUUCCAUCGACUUUGGCCUGCAUAUAUCCGCCAUCUCCUCGUGUGCCUCGCUGCUCGUCAAUCUCUGGACCCUUCCUCCGUCGAUGAGACCGUCGGCACGGCGGAUAUUCUUGCUCGCCUGGACUCUGCCCAGCUUCAAGCCGUCACCUGGGUGGUGACCAGCGUCAUGGAGGAUGCCGCUAGGUUCGAUAUGAAUGCAGCAAACAACGCCGGCUUGUACGAUGCGGUGAUGGAGAACACAACGGACGCAGUCGCCCUCAUGGCGGUGUGUCUGUCUCCUCACCUUGGAGAUCCCGCUGCCCACGGCGAUGCCGUCAAAUGCCUGCAGUCCUGGGCCACAUUUGCGCAGAGAGCAUCGCCAGGACACGGCAAUAUAGCGGCGUCUCUGCGGCCGCUCUUUGAAGCCGUUAUCUCGUCCCUCUCCAACACUUCUCUGUUUGAUGCGUCGGCGGAACUUAUCGUCGACGUGUUGUCAAACUAUCCGUCACUCAUGACCAACACACAAUACGAAUAUCUGGCCACUCUCUUUACAGCCCCGUGGGCUCAAGAGCGGUACGAGAAAUUACUCCAAGGAGACUUUGAUUUCGAUUCUGUUCAAUUUGGGCAUCUGCUGCUCGGCUUCGGGGAGGCAAAGGCGGAGGCCCUUAUCCAGGGCAGCGAUGGAAACGGUCAGCACCUCCUCUCACUGUUAUGUGGCCUCCUAACAGCAGUUGGCUAUCCGGUCGCCGAGGACAGGAUAUUCGUGCCUGCGGUCGAGUUCUGGUCAACCUUCGCGGAAACAAUGGCGGACUACAUCCACCUAGACGGACACGAGACGUCGUCGCCGUGGGCAGCCUCCGCCAUGGCCCAGCUCCUCGAGGCCGUUUCAAGGGCCUGGCAGAAGAUAACGUAUCCCCCUUCCGAGGAAUACAGCCAAUGGGAUUCUGUGGAUCGCAUCGGCUUCAACGAUGCUCGCAAGGACGUUAUUGACUUUCUUCAAUCUGCCUACACACUGGCCGGCCCUCAACUUGUGGCGACAUUUGCCGAUCUCACCCUUUCAGCCCUAUCAAGGUCGGCCUGGCUUCCAUUAGAAGCUGCCGCAUUUUGCCUCGGCGGCCUGGCAGACUGCGGCAGGGACGACGUUCGGUUCGACGCGGCCCUCACUCCGGUCUUUGCGUCGCCCCUCUUCUCCGUCCUUCGGGACAACAGCCAAGGGGGGGUCCAUCCCAGAUCACGACAGACUUGCCUGUCCCUGAUUGAACAGUACAACGAAUACUUUGAGAGGAAUGUGGAGUUCCUCGCUCCAGCACUGCGCCUCCUGUUCACCUUGCUAAAACCGGAAAACGAUCCUGAACUGUCGCAGAACGGAAUCGAGUUCGCUUCCCGCUUGCUGAGCAAGUCGCCUGUAACUGUGCUAUCGUUGCAACCGUCUGACGCCACCGAGUUCCUCUUCUUGUUUACACUGCGCGUGUUAGACGGCAAGGAACCGCUGCCCAAAGGUGCAGCUGCAGAUUUCUGGUCUACUUAUGUGAGCCUCACCGGCAACGAAGAACUGCAGCAGGCCAUCAAGGGCUCUAUGGUGACCCUCGGGCCACUCUUGGCCCAGAGUCUGGCCAGGAAUUUCGGGGGGAACGCUUCCCGGAGCGAGCUCGAUAAACUAAGCGAGCCUUUGAAGAAGCUCGUCAGCAGGCAUGCUGGUGCCAAAGACUGGCUGCAGACCGCGCUCAACGAUGGCUCCUUUCCGAGCAGCAAAGUCAGUGCUGAACAGAAAUCCGCGUUUGUGAAGAAGGUCAUCAGCUUAAGAGGUGCACGGGCGACCAACCAGGUAGUCCGUGACUUUUGGCUGUCGGCCCGCGGUAGCAACUUUGCAUACGUCUCGUGA